UAUGAUUCUUAUCAACUUCAGUCAACCGACAAUUUGUUUAACAAUAACGCUUCCACCGUUUUGGUGCUCCUCCAUGGUCUGUUGGGAAACGUUUGCCACCGUACAUCUGUGCUCGACUGACUAGAAGGAAUAUCAUCAUUUAUGAUACGAUAAUACUGAUUUUUACCUAUAUUUUCAUCAUGCCCCCGAAAAAAAAUGCUAGUGCCAAGGGACCAAAGACCAAUGCCAAAGGGGGGGAUGACGACAAAGGAAAGGAGAAGAAAGGUGGUUCAGCCGUUAAGGUUAGACACAUUCUUUGUGAAAAACAGUCCAAAAUAUUGGAAGCUAUGGAAAAGCUCAAGGCUGGAGUAAAGUUCAAUGAAGUUGCCACACAGUACAGUGAAGACAAAGCCAGACAAGGUGGUGAUUUAGGAUGGAUGAUACGUGGUUCAAUGGUUGGUCCAUUUCAAGAUGCUGCAUUUGCUCUUCCAAUAUCAAGUCUCGGUAAUCCUGUUUACACCGAUCCACCAGUCAAAACUAAAUUUGGCUACCACAUUAUUAUGAUUGAAGGGAAAAAAUGAUAAUUUUUACUCUUGUUGAGAGUACUAUACCAUGUCAUCAAUCAAAAAUUAGUACUCUAUUUUUGAUUUUAAGUGGACUAUACUGUGAUAGUCAACAAUUAAUAAGAAUCGAAAUUAUGUUAAUAUUUAAUGACAAUUGCAUGCAUAUGUAAAUAAAAAAAUAUGCCAUCAUUUU